AUGGUUGACUCAUUGUUCGAUAUAACACUCCAUCUUGACAACAAGUACUCUCUUCACCAAUCACAACACAUCACUACGAUCAUACUACAAGGCGUUGAUGAUCCCAAGGGUGAUCCAGUACACUCACCUAUCAUCAAGCCAUCAUACCCAACACAAUCACUGGAACACAAGAAGAAGAGUAUCCAGUCACUGUUUCAAUCACUGACUGCUCGACCAAACAGCAAUGUCACUGUUGCCAUGAGGCACGUGUUUGCAGGACAGGUGGCUCAACUGAUUGAGAACUAUUCCCUGGAUCCACAAUCAAUUGAUUCACUGGAUGUCAAUAAUCUGUUCCCUCAAACAUUCCAGAGUAUGGUUGAGGGAUUUCCAAUCAACAACCAACUCAAGACACUUGACCUCAGAGUUUUGGGUCCAACCUGCUGCGAUAAAGAAGAGUAUGAUGCCUCCUUCGAGAAGAUCGAAGCUAGUUUGUAUUGCAAUGAGUUGAUUGAACGUUGCCCAAACAUAGAAUCACUCUGCAUCUUUGAUGAAUGUGGCAGCCAACACACUGGAUACUCAAACGACGUCGUUGGCAAACCAGAGGAAUUCUUUGGCAUGCUAGAUGAGUUGCCACACCUCGUGUCACUCUCCUUUAAAUUCCAAGCAUCUUGUGAGAAUGAUAAUAGGGAGCGCGAAGACCCUCUCACCGAUGAGGACCGUCAAUCAUUUCUUGCCGAACUAAUCUCAUUCAUUGAGCAAAGACCAUCUUUCCACACCCUAGCAUUGGGUUGUUUCCUGGACAUUGAGUCGGACAUCUUGGACUAUCUGUUCACCGAUGACACGUGUCCUGUUCAGCAUCUGACACUGAGGGUCUCGGACUCGAUCGAACUGCCAGCUCUACAGCGACCAAUCAACACUCUGGUGCUGAAGCAACCCUACGUUCGUAGUGAGGAAUCAUGGCAUCAAGAUAUGGCGAUGGUUGUCCAUUUGAAGACAAUGGUCAACAACAAACUUGACCUCUCUGGCUGUUCGUUCAAACAACCUGCAACAACAGGAUGUGAGUUGGACUAUGACUUUCGCUUUGGGUCAUUCAAUGGACUUCAAUACAUUCCACCAUUGAUAUAUAGUAUCUAUAAUUUCCAUCGUGAUAAACAAAUUAUCGCAAUAAAGACCAACAACCAGAAGUAA